CCGCCGGCGGGCCUAUUUAAACGCAUUAAAGGGAUGACCGUGGACGCUGCCGGCUCCAUAUAUGUGGUAGACGACGACCGCCGCCUUCACCGCGUGACACCGGACGGGCGUGCGGCGACGCUUGUAAAAGAUUUGAGGGCGAAGAAUUGCAGGAAGCCGGUCAUCCUGCCAAACGGGUUCUUAGCCCUGGCUGCUGGCGAAACAUUUUACGAUGAUUCAGCAGCAGCCAUCGUGCUGGUUGGCCUUGGGCUACAGCCGCUACUGCCGCAGAUGCCGGCUGCAGCAGCAGCGACGGCUGUGGCAGCGCCGCCGCCGCGCAGCCUGCCCGCUGACCUUGGUGCGCUGCUGGACGCGAACGGCGGCGAUGGCAGCUCUGACCUCACCAUUCGCGUGGGCAAGCGCCGCUUCCAUGUGCACCGGGCCAUCCUGUCCGCGCGCUGCGACUACUUCAAGCAGCGGCUGGCGGGCGGUGCGUUUGCAGACGCGCGUGCGGCGGAGCUGGACUUGCCGGAUGUGGACGCCAGCGCCUUCGCGGUAUUCCUGAGGUGGGUGUACACGGGCGCCGCGGACAUCACUGCAAAGCGGGCGCGCGGCGUGGCCGAGCUGGCGGACCGGCUGCUGCUGUCGGAGCUGUGCGGCGCGGCGGCGGCGGUGGUGGCGGCGUCCGUGUCGCCCACAACGGUCGUGGACUGCCUGCUGUGGGCUGCUGGGCGCUGCGAGGUGCACGGAAGGGAAGAUGGUGGAGGCGCCAGCAGUGGCUUUGGGGCGCUGCUGGCGCAGCUGAAGGCGUGGUACGCGCAGCACCACGAGGAGGUGGCGGCGGUGGCGGGUGACAGCCGCAAGCGCCUGGCGCUACAGGCGCCGGAUGUAAUGGUGGAGCUGUUGGACGAGGUGGCUGCGUGGCAGCGGGAGGCCGGGGCCAAGCACGCACGCUUGGCGCUCCUAGGCAAGGCAUGCUCAUAGCGGGCAUGAGAGCACCAGCAGGGCUGCAAUGUGUCGAUUUCUUCCUUCUAGAUAGCUGGCAAGCACCCCGCGCCACGGCACGGAUUUGGUUGCUGGGCUUCGGCUUGUUUGUUGGAUCUUGGAUCGGGCAAAGCUGGGCAACAGGCUUUAAAAGCAGUGUGGUUAGGAACGAAGCUGCAUGACGAGAUAUGCGGUUUUCUCCGUAAGGGAAAAGUGGGCUGCGCCCACGCCACGUCUCUACUCUUGAGGCCGCAAGCGUCUACGUACCUCGCUCAUUUCCCGGAUAUAG